AUGGCGAUCCAUCACUCAAGAAUUGUGCUUCUAUUCUUCUUCCUAUAUGCAACUUUCACCAUUUUCUGCUACGCCUCCAAUGUUUCAGAAGCCAAAACCAAACCUACAAAAUUGAUCACCAAACUAAUCCACCGCAAUUCUAUUCACUCCCCAUUUCAUAACCCCCACCACAGCAUAGAAGAUAAAGCCAAAUUCAUUUUUGAAAACUCACUUGCACGCUUCACUAAUUACAAAACUGAUCUAGCUGCUGGGACUGACAUGGGCUUGCUAUUUCUAGUACGUUUUUAUAUAGGCAAUCCAGCGAUCUCACAACUAGCCGUCAUGGACACUGCAAGUAACCUAUUAUGGGUACAAUGCUCCCCAAAUUGGUAUAUUUCCCGACGUAGUCCAAUUCCAUUGUUAGAUCCUUUAAAAUCAUCUACAUAUGCCAGUAUGCCUUGCAAAUCAGAGUUCUGCUCAUAUUUUCCUAGUUCUAGUUGUAUAAAUGAGCAGUGCACUUAUAAUAUUUCAUAUGUCAAUGCUCCUCCAUCAACAGGAAAUGCAGCUACUGAGCAACUCCUCUUCGAAUCAGAUGAAAAUAUAGUUGUUGUUCCUCAAGUAAUAUUUGGUUGUAGUAAAGUUAACAAAGAAUAUAUUGAUGGUGGUAUCAAUGGUGUUUUUGGCCUCGGACCGAAAAAGCUAUCUAUGGCGAGGCAACUAGCAAACAAAUUCUCUUACUGCAUUGGGGACUUUUAUGAUCCCAACUACAACUAUAAUCGCUUGAUCUUAGGAGAUGAGGCACGCUUAGAGGGAGAUACAACACCUCUGGAGAUGAGUGAAUUACAUUACUAUUUAAAUCUUCAAGAAAUAAGCAUUGGAGAAAACACGCUUGACAUUGAUAAGAAAGUGUUUAUAAGAAACAUAACAGAUAAAAGCAAGCUAUCUGGAGUAAUCAUAGACUCCGGAAGUGUGGCUACUUGGCUGGUGAACGAAGCGUAUUACAGGUUUAGGAAUGAGGUGAAGAGGAUAUUGGGUGAUUCUAUAGUAGACACGAAGGAAUGUAGAUGGUGUUUGUGCUAUGAAGGUACCAUGGCUCAGAACCUAACAAACUUUCCAGAAGUGGUCUACCACUUUAGUGAAGAAGCUGUUUUAGAAGUGGGAUUUGAUGGUAUAUUUUAUCAAGCUACCGCAUCUAUAUUUUGCAUGGCUGUUUAUCCAAGCUCUCGUCUUCCAGACAAGCCUUUUCAGGAUGCAACUGUCAUAGGUGUCAUGGCUCAACAAAACCAUAACGUAGCUUAUGAUUUGCAAGAGAAGAAAUUAUAUCUGGAGAGUAUUGAUUGUCAAGUUUAUGAGGGUUAG